AAAACUCAUUGAUUGCACAAAAACAACCCCUUUUCUCUCUUUCGCAUUCCUGCUUCUCGCUUUUUGUUUGCUCUCUCAUCAGAAAAUACGGGGCAGCCAAAAACACAAAGCUCAGAGCCCAAACCCUAGCUCCAACCACAACCACAAUGAACUGCUCAAUUUCCGGCGAAGUGCCGGAGGAGCCGGUGGUCUCCACGAAAUCCGGCCUGCUUUAUGAGAAGCGUUUAAUCGAGAGACACAUCUCCGAUUAUGGAAAAUGCCCAGUUACGGGGGAACCACUAACUAUGGAUGACAUUGUUCCAAUCAAAACAGGCAAGAUAGUGAAGCCCAGGCCUCUACAGGCUGCUAGCAUACCUGGCAUGCUCGGAAUGUUCCAGAAUGAAUGGGACAGUCUGAUGCUGGCCAACUUUGCAUUGGAACAACAACUACAUACAGCAAGGCAAGAGCUCAGUCAUGCUCUAUACCAGCAUGAUGCCGCUUGCCGUGUGAUUGCAAGACUUAAGAAAGAAAGAGAUGAAGCAAGGUCACUACUUGCUCAGGCUGACAGGCAAAUACCCAUGUCAGCAUCAAUGGCAGCAAAUGCUCCUGCACUUAGCAACGGAAAGAGAGCUGCUGAGGAUGAGGAGUUUGGCCCUGGUGGAAAGAGAAUACGUCCUGGGAUAUCUGCAAGUAUUAUCGGUGAGCUGACUGACUGUAAUGCAGCUCUAUCACAACAGCGCAAAAAGCGACAGAUACCUCCAACAGUGGCUACCGUUGAUGCUUUGGAGAGGUAUACCCAGAUUUCUAGUCAUCCACUUCACAAAACAAGCAAACCUGGCGUUGUAUCUCUUGAUAUCCAUUAUGACAAGGAUAUAAUUGCAACUGGAGGGCUUGACACAAAUGCUGUCCUAUUCGAUCGACCAACUGGACAGAUCUUGUCUACACUCAGUGGUCAUUCGAAAAAGGUUACAAGUCUAAAAUUUGUUGCACGGGGCGAUUUAUUCUUGACUGGCUCUGCAGACAAGACUGUACGCGUGUGGCAAGAGUCUGAUAAUGGGAACUAUAACUGUAGGCAGAUCUUGAAGGAUCAUACUGCUGAGGUGCAAGCUAUUACUGUACAUGCCACAAAUAACUACUUCGUGACUGCUUCUCUUGAUAGCACAUGGUGCUUUUAUGAACUUUCUUCUGGACUAUGUCUAACACAGGUUGUGGACUCAACGGAUUCUAGUGGAUAUACUUCUGCAGCAUUUCAUCCUGAUGGUUUAAUCCUUGGGACAGGCACUUCAGAAGCUAUUGUUAAAAUUUGGGAUGUGAAAAGUCAGGCAAAUGUUGCCAGAUUUGAUGGACAUGUUGGGGCAGUAACUUCUAUAUCGUUCUCUGAAAAUGGAUACUUCCUUGCAACUGCAGCUCAUGAUGGUGUUAAGCUGUGGGAUCUACGCAAAUUGAGGAACUUCCGAACUUUCUCUCCAUAUGAUUCCGAAACCCCAACAAAUUCUGUGGAGUUUGAUAAUAGUGGAUGUUACCUUGCGCUUUCUGGCUCAGAUAUAAGAGUUUACCAAGUUGCGAAUGUUAAAUCAGAAUGGAAUUGUAUCAAAACUUUCCCUGAUUUGUCUGGCACAGGUAAGGCAAGUUGUGUAAAAUUCGGCCCGGAUGCAAAAUAUUUAGCAGUAGGAUCAAUGGAUAGAAACCUCCGCAUUUUCGGCCUGCCUAGUGAGGAUGGUCCAUUAGAAUCAUAAGGCACCUUCAAGUUGCCCUUUCUGGGAAGUGGACUUCUUGGUAUUUCCUGCAGUUUCUGUUACUGCUACUCUUGAUUUUUAUUGGCUGAAGAAGUGGAAGGUAGAAUUACCUAAUUAUAUGGUGUUGGUGCUAUUCUCACAUUCAUAUUCAUAGACCGGAGAAUAUCCUAUGAGCAUUUUGCAUCAAUGUCGCGAGGUGCACUGACAACUGAGCUGGAAACAGUAAUAUCUCUGAGCAAUUCUUAGUCUCCAUGUUAUCAUCUCUUUAUAAGUACAUGUCCAAUCUAAUGUAUUAUUAUUAUUUCCAAAUUUUUCUUAAUGAGAUUUUGUUCUUUACGAAUAGUUCAGUUGUUGGCCAAGAAUUUAGCCUUGUAUGUUCAAAUGUGGUUGGGUGAUAAGAUUAUGACAAUUGUUUCCAAAAAUUAUCGGACUGCCUUUUGGUUU